GAAGUUCAUAAAAGGGCACUUUCCUCCAACUGCUGCUGGUCUGCCCAGCUGCCUCUUUGGUGGUGCAGACUCCCAAGACUCUGAGCCAGGUCUAUGAAAAUUACAAACUGAAUUUAUUAUGGCUCCAGCGGCAAGUACAGAUUUGGGGUACACCCCUCCGGACGGAGGCUGGGGUUGGAUGGUCGUUCUGGGCGCUUUCAUAUCCAUGGGGUUUUCGUACGCAUUUUCCAAAGCGGUAACCGUUUUCUACAAAGAAAUCCAGGAGUUUUUCGGGGCCUCGUACAGCGAGAUCGCUUGGAUAUCAUCACUCUUAUUGGCUGUCAUGUAUGCUGGAGGCCCCAUCAGCAGUAUCUUGGUGAACCGAUACGGCAGCCGGCCGGUGGUUAUAUUCGGAGGAUUUUUAAGUGGGAUCGGGAUGAUCAUAGCUACCUUCAGCACCAGCAUUUUACAGCUCUACAUCUCCGUCGGCGUCAUAGCAGGCUUUGGCUUUUCUAUGAACCUACAGCCAUCCGUGAUUGUCAUUGGAAAGUACUUCCUAAAGCGGCGUCCAAUAGCCAACGGUCUUGCGAUGGCAGGAAGUCCUGUCGUGUUGUCUACGAUGGCGCCGCUCAACCAGUUUUUGUUCGAUAGGUUCGGAUGGAGGGGUAGUUUCUUUAUACUGGGUGCGCUGCUGUUGAACUGCUGUGUGGCCGGUGCCCUAUUCCGACCCAUCGGCCCUCCGUCUACUAAACAAAAGAAUCCCCAAAUCCAACAUGGCGAUAAGGCAAGUGUAGCCCUGAUGGAAAACGGACAUUUAGACAAGAAGGAUGAGACCUGCAUGGACAAAUUUAACAAAUUUCUUGAUUUAACGCUUUUUAAACAUAGGGGCUUCCUCAUUUAUCUAGUUGGAAAUGUGAUCAUGUUCCUCGCGUUUUAUGCUCCUAUCGUAUUUUUAACUCCGUACGCGAAGCACCUUGGCGUUGAUGAAUACUCGGCAGCCUUUCUGUUGUCUGUGCUAGCCAUAGUUGAUAUGAUUGCCAGACCAGUUACUGGAAUAAUUGCCAACAGCAAGUGGAUAAGGCCACGAAUUCAAUAUUUUUUCAGUUUUUCUAUAGUAUUUAAUGGAUUCUGUCACAUCAUGUGCCCGUUCGCGUCCAGCUACGUGGGCUUGGUUGUCUACUCCGUGUUUUUUGGGUUGGGAUUCGGUAUGGUGUGCGCGCUGCUCUUCGAAACGCUCAUGGACCUUGUCGGAGCCAAGCGGUUUACAAGUGCCGUUGGACUCGUCACCAUCGUGGAGUGUGUUCCCCUUCUUGUUGGACCCCCUCUUGGCGGCGCUAUAGUGGACGCUACUGGUGAUUACAGAUACAUGUUCUAUACGUGCGGAGCCAUCAUCGUCUUUGCCGGCGUCUUCCUUUUCGUAAUGAAUUUCUACAACUAUCGGAUGCUCAGGAAGGAGGAGAAAGAAAGGCAAGAUAAAGAGAUGGAAAUGAAAGACUGCGCUAGCUUGACAAAAGAAGACGGUAACAAAAAGGUAAAGAACGGUCAUGAGGUCGCGGCCGAAAAAUCUGAAUAGACUUCUUGAGAUUAACAAAACGGAUCCAGCCAAAAGUGAAGGAAAAACUUGAACAUAUGUUUUUUUUUUGGGGGGGGGUCGAGAAGAACACUGAAACAGAAAUGUCUCCCUUUACACUAAUGUUCCUCUUGAGUUCUUGUAAAAUGUAUUUUUAUAUGUAUAUAGUAAACUCCUGAUUUAAAUUAUGUGACAUAAAGAAGCAUCUGAUUUUAAUAAAGUUUUAAUGAAAUUAUAAAAUUAGCAUUGAAGACGAGGAACCGCAAUGAUACAAAUGUUGCCUUAUCUUACGAUUACAUGAAGAUAAUCUUCUGGAUCAGGAGAUUGAUCAAUCAUUGCUUUAAUGGAACGGGCGCACCACUUCAUUUGGUGACCUCGAAAUCGGCCGUCAAAGUCAUCUUAUGCUGCUAUCGUUUUACUGUCAAAUGUUCUACGUUUUUAGUAACGGUACAGGAACA